AUGCCACCUCAAGGAUCAUUGGCAGCACUUCCAAGACAUCAGGUUGCACGGAUACAAGUAAAGUCAGCAAAGCAGAUCACCAGGGCUCAAUCGGCACAACCUUCACCACUGCAAACGCACCCCAACUCAGCGAAACAGCAGCUACUCAACAACAACUCCGAAGGAAAUGUGCGAACUGCAGUUGCUGUAGAUAAACAGAUUCAGACUCAAGAGCAAGAUGAUCAGUGGGAAUGGCAGCGCGUCUGGAAAGGUGCAUUCGGCAAAAUGCACCAGCAAUUACAAGUGAAGACAGAGGAGACGGAGGCACUCGCAGCCGACAACAAGGAGCUGCGUGCCCUUGUAACCGGCUACAAGAAAGCUCUGGAAGAAGCCGAACGCAACCAGCGCGACAUCGAGGCCAAGCACCUCGCUGAAAUCGAAAACCUUCGUGCGGUGCAUUCUCUAGAACUAUCAGAUCUUCAAGCUCGGUACCGCCAAAAGUUGGAGGAAGUGACGAUGCAGAACGAUGAGAAGCUGCUCAGCAGACGACGACAGAAUAAUUGCAUCCGUCAUGCACAUGCACUCAGCAGUAACACCUUGCCCAGAGACGAUCGCGCCGACGCCAACGCAGAUUUCCUCCAGUACAUUGAUACUUUCUACUCGGACACACUAAACCUUACGGCGGCAAACAAAAAAUGA